CCGCAGAACCCCGCAAAUCGGAGACCGCCAUUAUUUGAGGACGGAUUGACGAACACGAUAGUGCUGGCGGGUCCUCACGGAUGCGGGAAGACUGCAGCCGUGUAUGCGUGUGCAGCGGAGCUGGGCUGGGAGGUUUUCGAGGUGUACCCAGGCAUUGGCAAGCGGAGCGGGACAAAUCUCGAUAAUCUCGUGGGCGAAGUCGGCAAGAAUCACCUCGUUAACUCCGCAAAGCGGAAAGUCACAGGUCUGAAUGACGCCUUGCCUGCCAAAGUAGGAGGACUGUCUUUAUUCAAUGGUGAGGUCUCAGCCAACCCUGCGGGCGAGGAUAAUCGACCAAGGAAGAAGCGUCUUCGCAAGGCCGGGGAGGAAGUCCAAGAAGUCGCAGCAAGCAUCACCCAGGUAGAGGCUGCGAAUGUUGAUGCGGACCGACCUACGUCCGUGCGACAGUCUAUCAUAUUGCUUGAAGAAGUGGACAUCCUCUACAAGGAGGACGCGAAUUUUUGGCCAUCUGUCGUAGAACUGAUCAGGAACUGUCGGAGACCAGUCGUCAUGACCUGUAACGAUCCUCUAUUGAUCCCUGUCGACACCUUGCCUAUACAGACGACGCUGCGAUUCAUUUCGUGCGAGCCCGCGCUUGCUGUCUCUUACUUGCAGAUGCUGUGCCUAGCGGAAGGUUACUGCGUCGACAGAGAC